CCUCUAAGAUUCGCCUCUCUCUUGAAAGGCACAGCGCAAACCUUGGCGAGCUGGUUGCCAAGCACGACAAGCCCAACAUGCCCGAAGUCCCAGGCGCUGGCGAAUAGGCGACCCAGGGCAAAGGCGCCCUCGUCGGUCUAUUGGAUGUACAGGCGCUGUCCGUUGCCGGGGAGCUGCCCAGGGUGCUGAAAACUCGCCCGCCUCUCUCAAGAGCUCUCCGACGUGGAAUUCUCUCCAGCCCUCCGCUUUCCUUCUGGAUUCCCUCAUGACUCGGACACGUCGGCUUGGGAGCAGGUUGUAAAGACCUCGCAAGUACCAUGGCACGGAUUAGAUACCUGCGUGCAGCUGUCUCGGGAUUCUAUCUGUGGGAAGCUGCCCUGCUGCUCAGCUUGGUCGCCACAAAAGAAACCGAUAGCGCGAGGUCUCGUGGCAUGUCAAUGUCUCCUUCGGAUUUCCUGGAUAAAUUAAUGGGUAGGAUGUCUGGCUACGAUGCAAGAAUCCGGCCAAACUUCAAAGGGCCUCCAGUCAAUGUCACAUGCAACAUCUUUAUAAACAGUUUUGGAUCCAUUGCAGAAACAACUAUGGAUUAUCGGGUGAACAUAUUUCUCCGUCAGAACUGGAAUGAUCCACGUCUUACGUAUAGUGAAUAUCCAGAUGACUCUUUAGAUUUAGAUCCAUCCAUGUUGGACUCUAUUUGGAAACCUGACUUGUUCUUUGCCAACGAAAAGGGUGCAAACUUUCAUGAAGUAACGACAGACAACAAAUUGCUACGAAUUUUUAAAAAUGGAAAUGUGCUUUAUUCCAUCAGAUUGACUUUAAUACUCUCCUGUCCAAUGGAUCUCAAAAAUUUCCCAAUGGAUGUCCAAACAUGUAUAAUGCAGCUGGAAAGCUUUGGAUACACAAUGAAUGAUCUCAUUUUUGAAUGGCAAGAAAAUGGUGCUGUUCAGGUAGCUGACGGGCUCACUUUGCCACAGUUUCUGUUGAAAGAAGAUAAAGAUUUGACUUACUGCACCAAGCAUUACAACACAGGCAAGUUUACAUGCAUUGAAGUUCGAUUCCACCUUGAAAGGCAGAUGGGCUAUUAUCUCAUUCAAAUGUACAUUCCCAGUCUAUUGAUUGUCAUACUCUCCUGGGUGUCAUUUUGGAUCAAUAUGGAUGCAGCUCCAGCCAGAGUGGCUUUAGGUAUAACAACUGUACUUACAAUGACAACACAGAGUUCAGGGUCACGGGCUUCACUUCCUAAGGUAUCGUACGUCAAGGCCAUUGACAUCUGGAUGGCUGUUUGUCUGCUUUUUGUAUUCUCGGCUCUUCUGGAAUAUGCAGCUGUAAACUUUGUGUCAAGACAGCAUAAAGAGCUGUUGAGAUUUCACCGAAAGAGGAAGAAGAACAAGGACGAUGACAUAAGAGAGAAUCGAUUCAGCUUCACCGGCUAUGGAAUGGGGCCACCAUGUAUACAAGCAAAAGACGGAGUGGUUCCAAAGGGCCCAAAUAAUCCAGUUCAACCCAUACCAAAAACCCAUGAAGAAAUGAGGAAGGUAUUCAUUGAUCGAGCCAAGAAAAUUGACACCAUCUCCCGGGCAUGUUUUCCAUUGGCCUUUCUGAUAUUCAACAUUUUUUAUUGGGUCAUCUACAAAAUCGUUAGGCAUGAGGAUAUUCACCAAAAACAAGAUUAAGGUUUCCAGUACUUUAACAUACCUGGUUUUUGAUUACUGCAGUACAAAUCAGUAUACAAAUACUGAUUGGCUCAUAAAGGAAAGAAAUCAUAUUUGACUUGCUAUGCAAAGUCACAAAGGGAUCGAAGAAUGACAU